GAUCUCUUUCUUACAGGUGAGAUCUGCCACGCAAAAGAGGGGAAGAAAACAGAGCUCAGGUUUCAGGAAGGAGAAAGGAAAGAGUGAAACGACUCUGAGCGUGAAGCCUGACUGUCCACCAGAAAGGACGCUCUUUGGGUGAGUUGAACUUCUUCCAUCGGAGAAAGAAUUGAAAGCUGAGAAACUCAGCCUCUAUCAUGUGGAACACCUCUGAUGCCAACUUCUCCUGCUACCAUGAGUCUGUGCUGGGCUAUCGUUAUGUUGCAGUUAGCUGGGGGGUGGUGGUGGCUGUGACAGGCACCGUCGGCAAUGUGCUCACCUUACUGGCCUUGGCUAUCCAGCCCAAACUCCGUACCCGAUUCAACCUGCUCAUAGCCAACCUCACACUGGCUGAUCUCCUCUACUGCACACUCCUUCAGCCCUUCUCUGUGGACACCUACCUCCACCUGCACUGGCGCACUGGUGCCACCUUCUGCAGGGUGUUUGGGCUCCUUCUUUUUGCCUCCAAUUCUGUCUCCAUCCUGACCCUCUGCCUCAUCGCACUGGGACGCUACCUCCUCAUUGCCCACCCUAAGCUUUUUCCUCAAGUGUUCAGUGCCAAGGGGAUAGUGCUGGCACUGGUGGGCACCUGGGUUAUAGGCGUGGCCAGCUUUGCCCCACUCUGGCCUAUUUACAUCCUGGUACCCGUAGUCUGCACCUGCAGCUUUGACCGCAUCCGAGGCCGGCCUUACACCACCAUCCUCAUGGGCAUCUACUUUGUGCUUGGGCUCAGCAGUGUUGGCAUCUUCUAUUGCCUCAUCCACCGCCAGGUGAAACGAGCAGCACAGGCACUGGACCAAUACAAGCUGCGACAAGCAAGCAUCCGCUCCAACCACGUGGCCGGGACUGAUGAGGCCACGCCUGGUCGUUUCCAGGAGCUGGACAGCAGGUUAGCAUCAGGAGGACCCAGUGAGGGGAUUUCGUCUGAGCCAGUCAGUGCUGCCACCACUCAGACCCUGGAAGGAGACUCAUCAGAAGUGGGGGACCAGAUCAACAGCAAGAUAGCUAAGCCAAUGGCAGAGAAAAGCCCUCCAGAAGCAUCUGUCAAAGCCCAGCCAACUAAAGGAGCCCGAAGGGCUCUGGAUUCUUCAUCAGAAUUUGGGAAGGUGACUCGAAUGUGUUUUGCUGUGUUCCUCUGCUUUGCCCUGAGCUACAUCCCCUUCCUGCUGCUCAACAUUCUGGAUGCCAGAGUCCAGGCUCCCCGGGUGGUCCACAUGCUUGCUGCCAACCUCACCUGGCUCAACGGUUGCAUCAACCCGGUGCUCUAUGCAGCCAUGAACCGCCAAUUUCGCCAAGCAUAUGGCUCCCUUUUAAAACGAGGGCCCGGGAGUUUCCAUAGGCUCCAUUAGAACUGUGACCCCAGUCGCCAGAAUUCAGGACUGUCUCCUCCAGAAGCAAAGUGGCCAGCAGAUAGGAGAAAGGGUGAAAUAACACCUGUGGGCAUUUUCACAACAACCUCUCCCCAGCCUCCCAAAUCAAGUUUCUCCAUUACUUGAUCAAUGUUUCAGCCCUAGACUGCUCAAGGAGUAUUAUUAACUAUUAAUAAAUAAAUUCUGUGCUU